CGGGGCUUGGGCUCACCAUGCCCCUGCGGGGCCGGGCCGCCGGGCACAAGCAGAUCCCGGGAUUGCCCCCGCCUCGACGCGCUCGGAUUAGCUGCAGCUGGCGCCCAGGGAUUUGAAUCUGGACCUCGAAAGGAAGCGCGCCUAGGCCGACCUCGGAGCGGCGGCCCCGCGGCCAACAUGCUUCGAAAAGGGUGCUGUGUGGAGCUGCUGCUGCUGCUGCUGCUGCUGGCCGGGGAGCUGCCGCUGGGCGGCGGCUGCCCGAGGGACUGUGUGUGCUACCCGGCACCCAUGACGGUCAGCUGCCAGGCGCACAAUUUCGCUGCCAUCCCCGAGGGCAUCCCUGAGGACAGCGAGCGCAUCUUCCUACAGAACAACCGUAUCAGCCUCCUGCAGCCCGGCCACUUCAGCCCCGCCAUGGUCACCCUGUGGAUCUACUCCAACAACCUCACCUUCAUCGACCCCAACACCUUCGAGGGCUUCGUGCACCUGGAGGAGCUGGACCUCGGUGACAACCGGCAGCUGCGGACGCUGGCCCCCGAGACCUUCCAGGGCCUGGUGAAGCUCCACGCCCUCUACCUCUAUAAGUGCGGGCUCAGCGCCCUGCCGGCGGGCAUCUUUAGCGGCCUGCACAGCCUGCAGUACCUCUACCUGCAGGAGAACCACAUCGAGUACCUCCAGGAUGACAUCUUUGUGGACCUGGUCAACCUCAGCCACCUGUUCCUCCAUGGCAACAAGCUGUGGAGCCUGGGUCAGGACACCUUCCGGGGGCUGGUGAACCUGGACCGCCUGCUGCUGCACGAGAACCAGCUGCGCUGGGUGCACCACCGGGCUUUCCACGACCUGCACAGGCUGACCACUCUCUUCCUGUUCAACAACAGCCUCACAGAGCUGCAGGGCGACUGCCUGGCCCCACUGGCCGCCCUGGAGUUCCUCCGCCUCAACGGCAACGCUUGGGACUGCGGCUGCCGGGCGCGCUCCUUGUGGGAGUGGCUCCGGAGGUUCCGCGGCUCCAGCUCGGCUGUCCCCUGUGCAUCGCCUGAGCCCCGGCAGGGCCAGGAUCUGAAGCUGCUAAGGGCCGAGGACUUCCGGAACUGCACCGGGCCAGCAUCCCCGCACCAGAUCAAGUCGCACACGCUCACCACCACGGACAGGGCUGCCCGCAAGGAGCACCACCCACCAUCCCACGGCCCCGCCAGGGACAAGGGCCACCCGCAUGGCCACCUGCCCGGCUCCCGGCCGGGCCACAAGAAGCCAGGCAAGAACUGCACCAGCCACAGGAACCGCAACCAGGUCUCGAAGGCCGGCUCCGGGAAGCAGGUGCAGGAGCUGCAGGACUACGUCCCCGACUACCAGCACAAGUUCAGUUUCGACACUCUGCCCACGGCACGGCCCAAGAGGAAGGGCAAGUGUGCCCGCAGGACCCCCAUCCGUGCCCCCAGCGGGGUGCAGCAGGCCUCCUCAGGCAGCUUCCUGGGGGCCUCGCUCCUGGCGUGGAUACUGGGGCUGGCAGUCACUCUCCGUUGAGAACCCAGGGUGCUGGCCCCCCGCACUGCCACGUGUCCACCAAGGGACAGAAUUCCUUUUCUUCUUCUUCUUCUUUUUUUUUUUUUAACCAGGGGAGCAGCUGCUGGGUAGCAGGAAAUGGCUGAGAGAGCCUUCGGCCGCUGGCUGGACCCUACCCCGUGGAUUAUAAACCCAAAGUGUACAGCCCUAGGUGGGAGGGGAUUAGCACCAGCUGUCCCCGCCAGCCCCCGCUGAGCCGACCGCCCACGGACAGUGUGGGCUCCAGCAAGGCAGAGAAAGGCGCACAGCUCGAAUCCUUCAUUAGCAACGACGGGAUGAGCGCCCUUCCCAGGACCUGGGCUCUUGCGGAUGCUGACCGCUGAGAGAGGUCCAAAGGGCCCACUGUUAGGGCUUGGAGGAGAACAACCAGACUCACCCAAGAGGCUGGGUCGACCAGCAGCCCGGGAGCCCUGGAGCAGGUGGCAACUUGUCCCUGCCCUGAAUGCAAUCCCGCUCCACCUUGGGCCCUUCCUUGGGGGGCAACGCCUCUCAUUCCUGAUGUCUCAGGCCACCCUGGCAGACCCAGGCCCAACUGCUGGGGUCCAAGAACCAAUUACCAAAGGAAAGAUCAUCAGAGGCUGAAACGUAGAACUUCACCACCUGCAGUGAGGUUCUCGGAAGGUGCAGUUUUCUACCUACGUCCACUUAUAUAUACAUAUAUAUAUACACACACCCGACACGUAUAUGUACACACACGCAGACACACACUCACAUGCACAGGACGCCCGCCCCACUCCAGCUCCAAACUCUACGUCUCAUCAUGUUUAUAAACUACACGGAAAACUAUGUCUGCUGAACUAAGGAUCGUACUAGGGACUUCUAGCAAGAACAAGGUAUAGCAUUUGUGUCUGGCAUCCCUAACCUGGCUACGGGGGCCCCUGCACUCGCUGGACCUGCCAGGGGCCUGCCAGCAGCAAUGAGGGUUAGGGAGAAGGGAAGGCGGUGAGAAUCACUUCAGGGGACCAAUAUUCUUAGACAUUUAGAGCAUCACCUUGGUUUUUUUUAUGCAACACAGCUUGUCUGUCGCCCCGAGCUUCCCUCCCCUCUUCCUACAGUAGCUGUUGGCGUCAGGGUGAGCCGCGGGAAGCCCGGGCCUGGCUGGCUGGAGAAGGGGAGAAAGGGGGCCUCGGUUUCUGAAACCAGCAGACGCGGCAGCAUCCACAGUGUUAGUCCACAGGCUGGAUGGGAUCAUCGGCCUAGCAUUUGGCCAGCGACAGUGUGGACAGUGUGGACACCGAGCAUGGCCUGGGCCUCCACCACAGCUGAAGUUCCCCUUGCCGCUAUGUGGUAGGCAGCCUGGCGAGGGCGCUGUGUAGGCUGUCCAGAGGGAUGUACCUGGGGCAUUAGCAGAAGGGAAGCCCUGAGGGCGUUUCCAGAAUCUUCUCAGGCCCUUCCACACUAUGGAGGCCCUGGCCAGGAGGUGCCCGGAGCCAGACAGAGGUCAGGGGGUGGCAGACUCAGGGGUCAGGAGUGGGAGCAGAUGGUGCACGGGGACCAGAACUGGCCGUGCUGCUGACCGGGCCAGGUGGGCACAAUCUCUUUUGCGCUUUGCACAGACCUGAACUUCCCACCCGAGAAGAUGUGUACAAGGAGAGAGAAAUGCCGAAUCCAAUUAAGGGAGGAAAACGAUACCAAUAAAAACGUUUCUCUUG